GAAGUCUGCUCCCCCUUGUCCCUUUACCCCUGCUACUAAUCCCAUUAAAAAGAUCAAGACCAACAAUACCGGCAAACUUCACUCUAAUUCCAUCUGUCUCGCUGGCACCAUGAAGGCAGCCGUCGAUCUCAAGCCAACUCUCACCAUCAUCAAGACGGAGAAAGUCGACUUGGAGCUUUUCCCCUCCGCGGAUAUGGAAUGUGCAGAUGUCCCACUGUUAACUCCAAGCAGCAAAGAAAUGAUGUCUCAAGCAUUGAAAGCUACUUUUAAUGGUUUCACUAAAGAGCAACAAAGACUGGGAAUUCCAAAAGACCCCCGGCAGUGGACAGAAACCCAUGUUGGAGACUGGGUAAUGUGGGCUGUGAAUGAGUUCAGCCUGAAGGGUGUGGACUUUCAGAAGUUCUGUAUGAAUGGAGCAGCUCUCUGUGCCCUGGGGAAAGACUGCUUUCUUGAGCUGGCCCCAGACUUUGUUGGGGACAUCUUAUGGGAACAUCUAGAAAUCCUCCAGAAAGAGGAUGUGAAGCCAUAUCAGGUUAAUGGAGUGAACCCCACAUAUCCAGAGUCCCGCUAUACCUCGGAUUACUUUAUUAGUUAUGGUAUCGAGCAUGCCCAAUGCGUUCCUCCAUCAGAAUUCUCUGAGCCUAGCUUCAUCACAGAAUCCUAUCAGACACUUCAUCCCAUCAGUUCUGAGGAGCUCCUCUCUCUCAAGUAUGAAAAUGACUACCCCUCAGUCAUUCUCCGGGACCCUCUCCAGACAGACACCUUGCAGACUGAUUAUUUCGCCAUCAAACAAGAAGUUGUAACCCCAGACAACAUGUGCAUGGGGAGAACCAGUCGUGGUAAACUCGGGGGCCAGGACUCCUUUGAGAGCAUAGAGAGCUACGAUAGUUGUGACCAUCUCACCCAGUCCUGGGGCAGCCAGUCAUCUUUCAACAGCCUGCAGCGUGUUCCCUCCUAUGACAGCUUCGACUCAGAGGACUAUCCACCUGCCCUGCCCAACCACAAGCCCAAGGGCACCUUCAAGGACUAUGUGCGUGACCGUGCAGACCUCAACAAGGACAAGCCUGUCAUUCCUGCUGCUGCUCUGGCUGGCUACACAGGCAGUGGACCAAUCCAGCUGUGGCAGUUUCUUCUGGAAUUACUCACUGAUAAGUCCUGUCAGUCUUUUAUCAGCUGGACAGGAGAUGGCUGGGAAUUCAAGCUCUCUGACCCGGAUGAGGUGGCCAGGAGAUGGGGAAAGAGGAAAAACAAGCCUAAGAUGAAUUAUGAGAAACUGAGCCGUGGCUUGCGCUACUAUUACGACAAGAACAUCAUCCACAAGACGGCGGGCAAGCGCUAUGUGUAUCGCUUUGUGUGUGACCUGCAGAGCCUCCUGGGGUACACACCCGAAGAGCUGCACGCCAUGCUGGAUGUCAAACCCGAUGCUGAUGAGUGAUGGACACAGACGCAGAUGGGGACACUUUGUUUUGAGACAUUUCGUGGAACAAUCACAAAUCAGUUGGACUCUUGAUUUUUGUUAGUCUAUUUUUAAUUUUCCAGAACUCAUUUUUUACAUUCAGGGGUUGGGAGCGAAGUGAGCUGUCACUAUGAUCAGUGUACACAGUUGGAAAAGGAAAACCAGGACAUUCUGGGUGGGUGGGACAAGAAAUUCUGUAGCAAAUUUUCAGGAGAGAGAGAGGGGUGAUUUUAGAAGAUUAAGGAAUCUGGCUUAAAGGAAGACCAGAUUAAGGUGUCCAAUCACUUUUUAAAGUCAUCCAUGAAAACAUGGAUCUUGAGUUAUGGACCCAUUUGCAAAAGAAGCAUCGUGAGUCAGGAGACUGAUGAAAGGCAAUAAUUUGCCUUUGUUUUUAAGUCUGGGAGGGCAAAAAAGGGAGGUGGGAUGAAACAUUUUGUUAAGAGCAUAUGCAAAAAAACAAGAACUAUUUACCUUUCACUCUA